AUGCCAUACUCAGUCCCUAGUAUCGCUCGCCCUUUCACCCUUUCCAUCCCAGACGACGACUAUUCUCAGUUCCGGGCCGUCUUGCAGGUUACCCGUUCGGGACCUGAGACUUGGGAAAACCAACACAAGGAUGGACGCUAUGGCAUCCCACACCAAUGGCUUACCUCGACUAGGCGCUACUGGUUAACCGACUUCAACUGUCGUGCCCAAGAAGACCGCAUUAACGCACUCCCCAACUUCAAGAUUCUGGUCCCCGACGAGACCGACAAGGAGAAUAUCGACCUCCAUUUUGUUGGCCUAUUUUCGGAAAGAGAGGAUGCUUACCCCAUUGUGCUGAUUCACGGGUGGCCAGGCAGCUUCCUUGAAUUCAUGCCCGUCCUGGAGAUUGUUCAGCAGAAGUAUAGCCCGUCUGAGCUGCCUUACCAUUUCAUCGUUCCGUCUCUCCCAGGAUACUUGUUCAGCUCCGGACCGGGCCAGGCGCAGGCCUAUACCAGUCAAGAUGCCGCACGCGUGAUCAACAAGGCGAUGAUCGCGCUCGGGUUCAGUCGGUAUGCCGUGCAGGGAGGAGAUGUCGGAUCACUGAUAGCUUCAAUACUUGCAACAAACUACGACUCAGUCGCAGCCAUUCACCUCAAUCUGCUGCCGAGUCUCGAAAUGCCGAGCGUCGAUGACCCUUCCCUAUCAUCCAAAGACAAGGAGGCUAUCGAGAUGGGUGAAAAGUUUUUAGAAUGGCCCGAUGAUCCGAUUGGCAUUGACGAGCUUUUGACUAAUGUGACGCUUUAUUGGCUCACGGACACCAUGCCACGGUGCAUAUAUACGUACCGCGGGACCUUUAUCGAUAGCCACCAGUACUCAUUCCCUGCUUUCAGGCAGCCAUUUGGAUACUCCUGGUUUAUGAAAGAGCUUGUACCCGUACCACAAAAGCUGGCCCGAAAGCAUGGCAAUCUGGUGUUCUACCGUCAGCAUGAAAAUGGUGGUCACUUCGCAGCUUUUGAGCGACCUAUUGAAUUCCUCCACGAUAUAGAGGAUUUUAUGAGGGCUGCUGGGUUUUGA